AUGAAACGCAUUCUUCUUGUUGCUGAUUAUCCUAAUUUAACUGAACUUAAACUCUUUAAUUUUAAUGGUAAAAUUGUUUCGCGUUAUUUUACAGAUGAAGCACUAUUUCGACGUAUUUUUCAACGACAAAUUACCGAUCUUAUUCUUGUAUUUGAAAGCAAUUUUAAUGAAAUAUCAGUAAAACAUUAUACAACAGAUGUGUAUGAAUAUAUUUUGAAAUUCUUCGAAAAUCUAAAGCAUUUAUCUAUAAUUGGAUCAUAUCCCCGUUUUUUUCCACCUUUGGUACUUCGUAAUUUACCUUUAGCUACGUUCUCCUCUUCAAUUCUGAACAAAUUAUGUAUUCAUGUGAUGAGUUAUGCAGAUUGUUUUGCUCUACUUGAUGGUCGUCUCAAACAACUAACAACCUUGAUUGUUGAUAUUCUUGAUAUUGAAUAUCAUUCAUCGAAUGUUUACAAUAUGGUAAGUUUACAUUUUAUGAGAUUGUGA